AUGUCGAGACUCCAAAAACGCCUUGACGCCUACUCUAAGAAAUUGGCGACGUUGGAAGAAGAUAUUGCUGAGGGCCGUGGAGCCAUCAAAAAACUUCUCGAAGUGAGUUCAAGUUUAGAGUUUUUGUCUUUUAUCAGAAAACAAAAAAUAGUUAAUACCUUGAUAAACAAGGAAUUUUUUUCUGAUUUCAGAAUCAAAGUCUCGCCGGGGAAUUUUCGCAUGUGAUUGAAAGGUUCCACAUUGACAAGGCAGAAGAAAACAUGCAGGCCGAAGCAAAAGAAGAGUCCCGGCAAGACUGGAAGGAACAGGCCGCUAGAAAAAGGUUUGAAAAAUUGAAUGAAUUUCGAAGAAUUAAACACACCAUAAAAAUCAAAAAAAUGAUGUUGAAUGUGGUGACUUUCCAUCAGAAAGAACAAAAUGAACGGUUUGAACUAAAGUUUGAAUCAGAUCAAACUCGAGAUUUUUUUCCUCUUAUGUAAAUUUUUGAAAUGUUAACAACCAUUAUUACUCAUUUCUGCUCACAUAGUUCAUUUGAACGCUACACUGAAGUUUAUUUUUUUGAUUGAAAAAAAUUAGUUAAACACAAAAAAACCCUGGUUUUUUUAAUAAGGAACUGAUGAUUUAAUAGCAAAAGAAAUCUAAAUUUCACAAUUUUUCGCAGUUCGAAUAAUUGAAAUUUUUGUUUACAGAGUCUGGCGGGCAAUGUCAAGCAGAGAAAUGUGGAGCGUCGUAGCAAGAGUCGGGGCAAAAAUGUCGAAGAGAAGAAAGCCGAGAACAGGACUAGAAGUACCAGUGUGACUACUAAGAAGCGUGAACAGAAGCCUCAUCAGACUGGGAAGGUACAAAAAAAUUAAACGUGAAUGAAAUGAUCAUUGAAUGUUCGAACAUUGAUCAAAAAAAAGAAAAUGACAAACAUCGUUCAGAAAAUCCAAAUGAGAUGUGUAGAAGAUUCCCACUUGAUAAGAAUAACUUAAACUGUCGGAGACCUCGUUAGCCUAACUUUGAAAAUGAAGAUCCAUCAAACUUUCUGUUUCUAGGCGCCCGUCGAAGCGAAAGAAAAAUCUCCUAUGGACGGGAAGAAAAAUUCGUCGACUCAAGUUGAACCAGAAGGACGACAGAAAACGGACGGCAAUAAAUCAGAGGUAAAAAAGAAAUUCAUUUUAAUAGAGAAAUAUUGUGUCAACGUUCUUCCCAUAGAAAAACUCUUUGUACUAAAACUAACAAAAACUUUUUUUUUGCCUUCAUUAACUUACGAGUUCAGAGAUCAUUUCUUGUCUUGGCAAAAUUACUUCGGUUUUCAGCAAAAUAAACCCAAAAUAAUUUUCUUUGUUCACUAUUACUUCUUCCGAAAAUGACAUUUCAAACGAUUUUCGGAUUUUUCAAAACAAGCUGAACUGAUAAUAGAUUGCUAUCCAAUUAAAAUUCCCGAGUUACAGAAUGGCUCGAGCCGCAAAUCGGGUUGGACCGAAUACAACAUUGAUGCUGACGGCGAAAAAGCGGCUGACGACCCUUGGUAA